CUUAUGUGUCAACGAAAACCGAAUUCCAUAAUUCUUUCAACAAUAAAUAUUUAAUCAUAAUUUGUCUUUCUUACUAAUCCUUUACUAAUCAUAAUGAUUGUUUAGAAAACUAUAUAUACACUUUCUGAAUUCAAUUUCCAAUUUUUUCAUGCUUUAAAAUUUCAGUUGUCCAUCUAUUAAUUCUAAGCUUUCAAUUCAAGGAAUACAUUCCGUGAAAUCAAGAUAAAAAGGAUGAACAAUUACCCAGUAUUAAUGUUAUCUUAUACAAUUAUUUUAUCGAUAAUAUUGAUCAUCAAAGUGCCUAGCAUUAUAGCUCAUUAUAAUCAACCCCAAUAUGGUGUACCGGUCCAGCAACAACAACAACAAGUCUAUCACCAGCAGCAAUAUCAACAACAGCAAGUUCCAAUGCAGCAACAACAACAAGUAGUCUAUCAAACACCGGGACAGGUGCCGCAUUAUCAGCAAGUACCCCAAGCCGGUCAAAAUGUUCUGCAUGAUGAUAGUCGAAUUCACGAUAAGGAACAUAUAAAGGAACACUUACAUGAAGCAUUAGGCGAUCAAGAUGUAAGCAAAAUGAGUGAAGAAGAGUUGCAGUUUCAUUAUUUCAAAAUGCAUGAUAAUGAUAAUAAUAACAUGUUGGAUGGUAGUGAAUUAAUCAAAUCGUUGAUACAUUGGCAUGUCGAAGAAAGUCGUCAUUUGGGCAAGAAUGCAUCACCACAUGGAACGACAAAAAUAUUCACCGAUACUGAAUUAGAACAAAUGAUUGAUCCAAUUCUUCAGAUGGAUGACAAAAAUAAUGAUGGCUUUAUCGAUUAUCCCGAAUUUGUCGCGGCACAAAAAACUCGAGGAUUUUAGGCGAACAGUUCAUUUUAACUCAGUCAUUUAAUCAAUUUUAGUCAUAAUGAAAUUGUUGGUUCUAUAUUGCCUUUU